AUGAAAAAACUUCGUUCAAUGCAACGAUAUCCCACUGAAAAAGCUAUUAUUGAUGCACUUUUGAAAAUAUCUGAAAUAAUCAAAAGAACAACUGAGACAAGUCAGCAUCCAAUGAAAGCAACAGGCGAUGGUGAUAAAAAACAAUCAAAAUAUGAUUAUGAUUGUCAGGAGGCAUACAAUAGAUCGAUACCAUCUGCUAUGCGUACACCUGAUUACCCUGCCUUAGAUUCAAAUCAACAAUAUACUAUUUGCUCAUCGCAGCGAUCAUCAAAUUUUAAUCGAGCACCCAUUUUCCAACGGGAUUCACGACCGUAUGAUAAGCGAUACUAUUCAGUAUCAAAACAACGAAUAAAGAAUGAUUAUAGAGAUCGGACAUUGGCACGCCCUCAUUAUCAUGAGACACCAUCAUCAAGAUCUUCAUUAUUGGAUAAUCAGUAUCGAAGAAAAUCAUCAAGGUUUCAUUCAAAACAUAAACUAUCUCGAUAUGAUAAAAUACGAUGCAUUCAUUGUAAAUGUUAUCAAUCAAAUUAUUAUAAUGAGUGUGAUGCUAGCGAUUGUUAA